AUGGCAGGCUUCUUGCCCAGCGCUCUCACCAUGCUCGCGCACGAGUCUUCCAGUGUACCUCUCUCCACGCGCGAAGCCCUCUCCGGUAUCUUUGGCUCUAUCUCGCUCGCCUGCUGGAUUUUCCUCCUCGUCCCUCAACUCAUCGAAAACUACCGCAACGGAUCCGCCGAAGCCAUCAGCCUUGCCUUCAUAUUCGUGUGGUUCAUCGGAGACAUUUGCAACCUCGCAGGCGCGCUCUGGGCUGGUCUCGUGCCUGUCGUUGUUGCGAUCGGCGUGUACUUCUGCAUUGCGGAUGGCGUCUUGAUCGCACAGUGUCUAUACUACGGGAUCAAAAACAAGAGAAGGGAGGCUAGGGCCUUGUUGGCCGCAAGGCAAUCGUCAGCAGGGGAACCUUCAGAAGACGAGCCACUUCUGCGCCGCGAGAGGACAAAUAGCCUGACGAUCCCGGGCUCGAGGGAACGACGCAGACGGAGCAGCGCGAGCUUGAGACGCCGUCCGAGCAGCAGCGCCCAAAACGACCAUCUCGCCAAAAUCCUCGAAGAAAGCGACGAAUCUGGCACCAGGUUGUGGUUCAAGAACGUGAUGAGCGUCCUGGCCAUUGUGGUCGUGGGCGCAGCGGGUUGGGCCCUGGCGUACGAGUCGGGAGCAUGGAAGCCAAGUCCCACGUCGACUGAUGUCGAAACGCAAAAGACGGCAGCUGGCGCUCAGGUCUUGGGAUAUGCGAGCGCCGUGGCAUAUCUAGGUGCGAGAAUACCGCAGAUCGUAAAGAACGCGAGGGACAGGAGCUGUGAAGGGCUGUCGCUCUUGUUUUUCAUCCUCUCGUUAAUGGGCAACCUUACGUAUGGUGCAGGCAUUCUUUGUCAUUCGACGGAGCAUGAAUAUGUCAUGAAGAACCUGCCGUGGCUGAUUGGGAGUUUGGGCACGAUGGUGGAAGAUGUGACCAUAUUUGCGCAGUUCCAUAUGUACGCUCCCAAAGCUGGAGCGCAUGAGGAAGCCGUGGUUUGA